AUGGCUUCAAUGUUACAUUAUUUCGGCUUCAACAACCCUGCCCCAAAAGAAGAAGCCAAAGCCUCUCCUGUACGCGCUUUGCCGGCCUCAUGGUACACCUCACCGGAGAUGUACGAGUUGGAGCGCCGGGCGAUCUUUUCAAAGCGAUGGCUCUUCAUCACCCACAGCAUGCGGGUGAAGAACACCGGUGACUGGCUUCGUUAUGAGAUUGCGGGAUUUGACUUCAUUAUCACUCGCGACCGACAGGGCAAUGUCAACGCCUUCCACAACGUGUGCCGACACCGUGCGUACCCAGUGGUCGAGAAAGAGGGCUCUGGAAACUCCAAGAUUCUGGCUUGUCGGUACCAUGGCUGGUCAUAUGGACUGAAUGGCAAACUCGCCAAAGCAACGGGAUACCAAGAGUUGAGCAACUUCGACAAGGAGCAGAACAGUCUAUUCAGGAUCCAUGUCAAGGUCGACGUCAAUGGAUUUAUCUGGGUGAAUCUCGAUGCAAAUGAAGUCCCAGAAGUUCCCUGGGAAGAACAUUUCCGGGACGUCGACAAGCAAGACCGAUACAAAGCGUACAAUUUCGAUAACUACGAUCUGGAUCAUUCCUAUGCUCUGGAGGGCGACUACAACUGGAAGAUCCUAGCGGAUAAUUUCAACGAAUGCUACCACUGUCCUACCACCCACGCUGACAUUCCUGAGUUCCUCAACCUUGAAUCUUUUGACAGCGACCUCAAAGACGGACACAUCCAACACCAUUGCGAGUCUACGCCCGAACAAAUUGAGAAAGGCCUUUACACUGCCAGUACCUAUUACUUCCCCAUGUCUGCCAUGGUUGUCUCACCCCAUUUUAUCAUGAUCCAGAAAUUCCUUCCUUCAGGCCCCAAGAGCUCCAAAAUGGCCUACGAGAUUUACCGAAACCGCAACUCCUCCGAUGCCGACUUCAAGCUCAUCAGUGAGAUGUACGCACGCGUUAUGGGCGAGGACAAAGUCCUCUGCAACAACGCACAGAAGAACCUCGAUCGAAAUGUCUUUACCAAUGGCGAACUACAUCCCAAGUACGAGAAGGCGCCGCUCUUCUUCCAGAGCACUGUUCGCGACGUCAUCACGGAGCAUUUUGAGCGUGAAAAAUCCGCGGGCCAUCAGAUCUGGCCGGCAAAGCCUAAGGCGGCAUGUAAUUCAGACGUCAGCGAGAAGGAUGAGCAGAUUUGUGCGUCUUUGGCCUGUGGAGCUCAGAAAGAGGUAUUGGCUUGGUGA